CUCGUCCUUCCGCCGCCUCGAGUAAAUCGGCGAUGAAAAGGGAGUCAAAGGAAGGGCCAUGAGCGGGUCCGGUGUCGAGGAACGAGUGAUGAACGAUUCCGGAACGACGGAGAGGGGGAGGAAAAAGGGAGGGGGAAGGGAGAGAGAGAGAGGGGGAGAGAGACAAAUGAAGAGGAGGGCCUGAUGAUGUCGAUAAUUUUCGCCGAGGUUUCCUCUGCCUCGAGUAGCCGGGGCUUGGACACUCAGAGACGAACACGUCUCCGGUCAUGGGCCCUCAGAACGAAGACCUCUCCCCAAAGAAGACCACAGUGUUCAAGCUCAAUCACGGGACAGUGACGGGCUCCCGGAAGAGGCCGUCAGAGGGGAACUACGAGAAGGAGAAGGACGUGUGCAUCCAGCUGUUCGACCAGUGGUCUGAGGCCGACCAGGUGGAGUUUGUGGAGCACCUGAUUUCCCGCAUGUGUCACUACCAGCACGGCCACAUCAACUCCUACCUCAAACCAAUGCUGCAGAGGGACUUCAUUACAGCCCUGCCAGCUCAGGGUUUGGACCACAUAGCGGAGAACAUUCUGUCGUUCCUGGAUGCGCGCUCGCUGUGCUCGGCGGAGCUGGUGUGUAAGGAGUGGCAGCGCGUCAUCUCAGAGGGCAUGCUGUGGAAGAAGCUCAUCGAGCGCAUGGUGCGCACUGACCCGCUCUGGAAGGGCCUGUCCGAGAGGCACCAAUGGGAAAAAUACCUGUUCAAGAAUCGCACAACAGAAGUGCCCCCUAAUUCAUACUACCACUCCCUGUAUCCCAAAAUCAUCCAGGAUAUUGAGACCAUCGAGGCUAACUGGCGCUGUGGCCGUCACAACCUGCAGAGGAUUCAGUGUCGAUCUGAGAACAGUAAAGGCGUGUACUGCCUGCAGUAUGACGACGACAAAAUCAUCAGCGGCCUCCGAGACAAUUCCAUCAAGAUUUGGGAUAAGCAGACUCUGGAGUGUUUGAAGAUCCUGACAGGCCACACAGGCUCAGUGCUAUGUCUUCAGUAUGACGAGAGGGUCAUCGUCACUGGCUCCUCCGACUCCACAGUCCGGGUAUGGGACGUGAACUCGGGAGAGGUGCUGAACACCCUGAUCCACCACAACGAGGCAGUUCUGCACCUGCGCUUCUGUAACGGUCUGAUGGUCACCUGCUCCAAGGACCGCUCCAUCGCCGUGUGGGACAUGGCCUCGCCCACGGACAUCAGCCUGCGCCGCGUGCUGGUCGGGCACCGCGCCGCCGUCAACGUCGUCGACUUCGACGACAAGUACAUCGUCUCGGCCUCGGGAGACCGGACCAUCAAGGUGUGGAGCACCAGCACGUGCGAGUUUGUUCGCACACUAAACGGACACAAGCGUGGAAUCGCCUGCCUGCAGUACAGAGACCGACUGGUGGUCAGCGGAUCCUCCGACAACACCAUACGGCUGUGGGAUAUUGAGUGUGGGGCCUGCUUGCGGGUGUUGGAGGGCCACGAGGAGCUGGUUCGCUGCAUUCGAUUCGACAACAAGAGGAUCGUCAGUGGAGCCUACGACGGUAAGAUUAAAGUGUGGGACCUGCAAGCUGCUCUGGACCCCCGAGCUCCAGCCAGCACCCUCUGCCUGCGCACGCUGGUGGAGCACUCUGGCCGGGUGUUCCGGCUGCAGUUUGAUGAGUUCCAGAUCAUCAGCAGUUCCCACGAUGACACUAUUCUCAUCUGGGACUUCCUGAACGUGUCGUCCAACGGGCAAACAGAGGGGCGGUCGCCCUCACGCACGUAUACCUACAUCUCCAGAUAGCAGGGUGUGUCCAGUGGGGGGCGCUGUGUAUGCUGAGAGUCCUGACUGCCUGUGAGUGUGUCAGUGUGAGAGAGGGGUACAGGGAACAGAACAGCCUGGAACACUCCCCCAGCCUCUCUGUUAAGAAGGGCCAUGGGGAGGACAACUAUAUGUAAACCCCCUCCCCCCUCCAGGUGGAACCAUGCUGUUGGGCACUUUGUUUUUGUUCUCAAGAUUCUGCCCCCUCCCCCCCCCCCCUCCCCAAAUC